AUGGAUAUCUACAUCCAGCAGCAAGACUUCCGGCGCCUCAAGCACGCCAGCAACCCCUCACCAGCAGCGCAGUCCGGAUUUUCAGGCCCGGUCACAUUCAACGGCGCCAUCCAAGCACCUUCCGGUUCCACCUACAUUGGUGUCAAAUUCGAAGCCGGUACUGAGCUCGAUGUUGCCUUCUGCGCCCAGCAGUGUCUCGAGAACACUGCCUAUGACAAAGCUCACCCUAACUCGGAUGGCUCCUACAUGCCUUGCAACUUCUUCAAUGCUUACUUGGGCUACACUAAUGGUCAGAUUGAUGGUACGCACUGCGCCGAGUAUACAACUACAUAUGGCUCACCCUAUGAUACCAAUGUCGGACAAUACCAGAAUGGUGCUUACUACGCCGUCGAAUGCAGCUUUGGAUACAGCUUGACCCCACAGGAUUGUGGAUCGAUUGAGUGCGGCUCUAGCUCCAGCUCUGCCCCAGCUACCUCCGCAACUUCGUCAAUGACAGUCUCUAGCCCCAUCUUCAGCUCCACGGCUCCCAGCUCCACAAAGCCCGCAUCAUCAACUGCCGGCACACCAACUUCCCUCACCUCCAGUACACCAGCGCCCACCACCAUGAGCACCAUGACCAAGAACCGCCAGAGCAAAACCCCCGUCGUCCUGACAUCCACCACGGACGUCAUCACCACCGAGAUCGUCUACACCACGGUGACCAGCUGCCCCGUCUCAACCACAACCCACCACAACGGCGGAAGCACAUCCGUCGAAACCAUCACCAGCACAUCCACAUUCCUCACCACAGACACAGUCACGACCUGCGGAAAAUGCACCGUCACCACACCAAUCUUCAGCCCACCCGCGCCUGCUUCCACGACGACAGAGCAGGCCUGGACUGCCAUCUCGACCACGGCUUCCAGCACAUCGCAGCAGGCUUGGAGCACAUCGCCAGCAGCAUCGCAGCAGACAUCGAGCCCGCCGCAGAACUCCGUUACUCAGGCCGCUCCUGUCAAGCCUUCGACUACCAUGGCAACUAUGACCAAGGGCCAAGGAUCAUCUUGGUAG